UUGGGUCUUCGUUGCUGCACGCGGGCUUUCUCUAGUUGUGGCAAGCUGGAGCUACUCUUCGUUGGCUUCUCAUUGCGGUGGCUUCUCUUGUUGCGGAGCACAGGCUCUAGGCGCACAGGCUUCAGUAGUCGUGGCAUGCAGGCUCAGUAGUUGUGGCGCACGGGCUGUAGAGCACAGGCUCAGUAGUUGUGGCACACGGGCUGUAGAGCACAGGCUCAGUAGUUGUGGCACACGGGCUUAGUUGCUCCGCGGCAUGUGGGAUCUUCCCGGACCAGGGAUCAAACCCGUGUCCCCUGCACUGGCAGGCAGAUUUUUAACCACUGCGCCACCAGGGAAGUCCCUAAAUAGAGGACUUUUGAUUGCACCUUUAUACAAAGGGAAUCGUUAAGGGAAAAAGUAGAAUAAUGUGUCUGUGCCUGCCAUCUCUAGUGGGAUUUUCUUAAAGUCUUCUGAAGCAGUCAGUGGACGUGGUGACUGUUUGUUUCAUCAAAGUACAUGUAAUAUUGUAGCAGGAAGCAUUAUAAGUAAAUCCAGGAGUUAUUAGAAUGAAUCUGUUUUGGGGGGAAUUCUUGUGUAUAGGAGUGCACGCAUAUCCACAGCUCAUACCUUAGAAUGUGUCCAUCCACCUUCCCCCAGAGUCCAGUAGACCUUUCUACAGCAUCGCAGGCUGACGGUCUUCUGUCCCUUCCCGAUUACUUGCAGUGGUGGUAGGGCAGCUACCACUGUUCCAUUCUGAACAGUGAUGCUUGUUAGAAAGUUCUCCCAUCUAUUGAAAUCUGAUGUGUCUUUUGAAACUUCUACUCACUGAUUCCAUUUCUGCCUGCCAAAGCAAAGUUCUCCCUUCUCAUUCAGCUAUCAAACCUAAUCAUCAAAUUAGCCUUAGAUCAUCAACUUAGCAAGUCCCCGUGUCCAGGCCUUCCCAGGACAGUCCGGUUUAUACCUAGUACCCCUGUGGAAUCCACGAUAGCCUCCCUUUUCACUCGCAAAGGUGUCUUGCAUGGGGGAUAGAUUACAGGGUCCCUAUCACUGAAGCCAGCAUGCAGCUUUUCCAUCAGCCCUGAGAAGACAUGGUUUCCAUAUCUUUACCCAGUCUGAUUUCCCUUCUUUGGUCUUGCUCCACUUUUCUUUCAUGUCCUACCUAAAAUAUGGUACCCAGAAUUAAACACAAAUUUCCAGAAAUAGUUUAAUCGUAGUGGAGUGUAGGAGACCUCCUUGACUUCAUUAUUCAGGAUGCUGCACUUCUAACGCGUGAACUGAGAACAGGACCUGGAACCAUAAACAACAUGACCCCCAACUUGUAGACGUGGAAGCUCCCAUCUAAACAAACCUCUUGUCAUCUGCACAUUUGGUCAGCACACUUUCUGUGUCUGGUUACAAAUCGUUGGGGGGUAAUAUGGAUAUGGAGAGCUUAUGUUUAAUAUCUCUUUAUAGUUUACCAACUGCUUGUGUGUUCUCUAGGGCAGUGAGCCUCAGCGCCUGUAAUCAGAACCCUCUUUCCGGGCUCCCCUCAUCUUGACACCAGUUAGGAUUAAAUUGAUUUGGAAACGUUGUCCAGCGGAUACUUAACUAUUUCAUCAAUGACUUAGCCAUCCUCAGACCAUUGAUAUAAGUUUCUCCUUCUUCCUCUUGCCAUAAGUAGGGUUCUCCAGCUGUAUCUCUCACUGCUCCACGCCAGCCCACCACCCUGUGCCCCAGCUCUGCUGCCUGGCUGAUGUUUCCAGAACAUGCCACGUUCUCUCCCAUCCAGCUCCUCUUAUGUCAGGUUGUCUCUGCCGGAUGUCCUGCCUUCAGAUAUCACUUCCUCACCUGAGCACUCACCCAUGCUCCAGAUGACGGAAGGCCGUCGAUGUCAAGUACAUCUUCUUGAUGACCGGAAGCUGGAACUCCUAGUACAGCCCAAGCUUUUGGCCAAGGAACUGCUUGACCUCGUGGCAUCUCACUUCAAUCUGAAGGAGAAGGAGUACUUUGGGAUCGCCUUCACAGAUGAGACGGGACACUUAAACUGGCUUCAACUAGAUCGAAGAGUCUUGGAACACGACUUCCCCAAAAAGUCGGGACCAGUGGUUUUAUACUUUUGUGUCAGGUUCUAUAUAGAGAGCAUCUCGUACCUUAAGGACAAUGCCACCAUAGAGCUCUUCUUCCUGAACGCCAAGUCCUGUAUCUACAAGGAGCUGAUUGACGUUGACAGUGAAGUGGUGUUUGAAUUAGCCUCGUAUAUUUUACAGGAGGCAAAGGGAGACUUUUCUAGCAAUGAAGUGGUGAGGACAGACUUGAAGAAACUGCCAGCACUUCCCACGCAGGCUCUGAAGGAGCACCCCUCCCUGGCUUACUGCGAGGACCGGGUCAUCGAGUACUACAAGAGGCUGAACGGCCAGACCAGAGGCCAAGCCAUCGUCAACUACAUGAGCAUCGUGGAGUCUCUCCCAACCUACGGGGUUCACUAUUACGCGGUGAAGGACAAGCAGGGGAUACCGUGGUGGCUGGGGCUGAGCUACAAAGGCAUCUUCCAGUAUGACUACCACGAUAAAGUCAAGCCCAGGAAGAUAUUCCAAUGGAGGCAGUUGGAAAACCUGUAUUUCAGAGAGAAGAAGUUUUCUGUGGAAGUUCAUGACCCACGCAGGGCUUCAGUGACAAGGAGGACGUUUGGACACAGCGGCAUUGCAGUGCACACGUGGUACGCGUGUCCGGCACUGAUCAAGUCCAUCUGGGCUAUGGCCAUUAGCCAACACCAGUUCUAUCUGGACAGAAAGCAGAGUAAGUCGAAGAUCCAUGCCGCCCGCAGCCUGAGCGAAAUCGCCAUCGACCUGACGGAGAGCGGGACGCUGAAGACGUCCAAGCUGGCCAACAUGGGCAGCAAGGGCAAGAUCAUCAGCGGCAGCAGCGGCAGCCUGCUGUCCUCAGGUUCUCAGGAAUCGGAUAGCUCGCAGUCGGCCAAGAAAGACAUGCUGGCAGCCUUGAAAUCCAGGCAGGAGGCUCUGGAGGAAACGCUUCGCCAGCGGCUGGAAGAGCUGAAGAGACUCUGCCUCCGAGAAGCGGAGCUGACGGGAAAACUGCCCGUGGAGUAUCCCCUGGAUCCAGGAGAGGAACCACCGAUUGUUCGAAGGAGAAUCGGGACAGCCUUCAAACUGGACGAGCAGAAAAUCCUGCCCAAAGGAGAGGAGGCCGAGCUGGAACGCCUGGAGCGGGAGUUUGCCAUUCAGUCCCAGAUUACGGAGGCUGCCCGCCGCCUGGCCAGUGACCCUAACGUGAGCAAAAAACUGAAGAAGCAGAGGAAGACCUCUUACCUGAACGCACUGAAGAAGCUGCAGGAGAUUGAAAGCGCCAUCAACGAGAACCGCGUCAAGUCCGGGAAGAAACCCACCCAGCGGGCCUCGCUGAUCAUCGAAGAUGGAAAUAUUGCCAGCGAAGACAGUUCCCUGUCAGAUGCCCUUGUUCUAGAAGAUGAAGACUCUCAGGUCACCAGCACACUGUCCCCCUUGCAGUCCCCUCACAAAGGGCUCCCUCCUCGGCCACCCUCGCACAACCGGCCGCCCCCUCCCCAGUCCCUGGAGGGACUCAGGCAGAUGCACUAUCACCGCAACGACUAUGACAAGUCGCCCAUAAAGCCCAAAAUGUGGAGCGAGUCCUCCUUAGAUGAGCCUUACGAGAAGGUCAAGAAGCGUUCCUCCCACGGUCACUCCAGUAGCCACAAGCGCUUCCCCAGCACGGGGAGCUGCGCUGAAGCGGGAGGGGGAGGCAGCUCCCUGCAGACCAGCCCCAUCCGCAGCCUCCCGCCCUGGAACUCUCAGUGCAGCAUGCCGUCCACACCCGACCUCCGAGUCCGGAGUCCCCACUACGUGCAUUCCACGAGGUCGGUGGACCUCAGCCCCACGCGGCUGCACAGCCUCGCGCUGCACUUCCGGCACCGGAGCUCCAGCUUGGAGUCCCAGGGCAAGCUCCUGGGCUCGGAGAACGACGCGGGGAGCCCCGACUUCUACACGCCGCGGACUCGCAGCAGCAACGGCUCGGACCCCAUGGACGACUGCUCGUCGUGCACCAGCCACUCGAGCUCGGAGCACUACUACCCGGCGCAGAUGAACGCCAACUACUCCACGCUGGCCGAGGACUCGCCGUCCAAGGCGCGCGCGCGGCAGCGGCGGCGCGCGGCGGGCGCGCUGGGCGCGGCGAACUCGGGCAGCAUGCCCAACCUGGCGGCGCGCGGCGGCCACGGCCCCGGCCCCGGCCACGGCGUCUACCUGCACAGCCAGAGCCAGCCCAGCUCGCAGUACCGCAUCAAGGAGUACCCGCUGUACGUGGAGGGCGGCGCCACGCCCGUGGUGGUGCGCAGCCUGGAGAGCGACCAGGAGGGCCACUACAGCGUCAAGGCGCAGUUCAAGACCUCCAACUCGUACACGGCCGGCGGCCUGUUCCGGGAGAGCUGGCGCGGCGGCGACGAGGGCGACGCGGGCCGCCUGACGCCGUCGCGCUCGCAGAUCCUGCGGACUCCGUCGCUGGGCCGCGACGGCGGCGCCCACGACAAGGGCGCGGGCCGCGCCGCCGUCUCGGACGAGCUGCGCCAGUGGUACCAGCGCUCGAGCGCCUCGCACAAGGAGCACGGCCGCCUGUCGCACGCCAGCUCCGCCUCCUCGGACGGCGGCUCCCAGUACAGCGCCUCGUCCCAGAGCACCUUCGUGGCGCACAGCAGGGUCACCAGGAUGCCCCAGAUGUGCAAGGCCACGUCAGCUGCCUUACCUCAAAGCCAGAGAAGCUCCACGCCGUCCAGUGAAGUUGGAGCGACGCCCCCCGGCAGCCCUCACCACAUCCUAGCCUGGCGGACCGGGAGCUACAAUGAUAGCUGUUUCCUGGAUUCCUCCCUCUAUCCAGAACUAGCUGAUGUCCAGUGGUACGGGCAAGAAAAAGCCAAGCCCGGGACCCUCGUGUGAGCCAGCCGGCCUCAGUGUGGCCGCCGCGACGCCAUUCUGAGGUCACGUCACUGCCUCUCAUUUGCCUUACCCACACGCAGUGUCACCCUGCAGCAGCUUCGGCCCUCAGCACUUUCCUUCUCCUGUCUCCGCGUCCCCCUCACCCUCCAAGACCCUGACCGAGGAGACAUUCUGGAAGGUUCCGGUCCCACUGUGUGUCCCCUGGCCCGGCGAGCCAGGCACCAAUCCUCAAUGGCACCUGGUGGCUCCCCCCUGCCGUGACAGCCCCCUGGCCAGGGACCGUCAGGGAAGCUGGCCGGCCUGGAUUCCUGUGGACCAGUGGCACAGGCGGGAGCCAGGAAAGGGGACUGAAGCACAGGGUGACCCAGGAAGACUGUGACAGCUGGCGCCCACCUGGAGGCCCACCAAGCACCUGGUGAGGAAGAUGCCUCGUGGGAACAUUCAGCGGACAGCUGAGAUGCUUCCUGGGAGGAGUGACCGUUGCAGGAGCACGGCGAACAGGAACAGAAGCCGAACACGUCAGACAUGCAUCAAGGAUCACAGUCAGUUAUGCUGCCAAAGAUUUAAAGAAAUUAAAAACUAAAACACACAAAAAAUUACGAGGGGCCAAGAGGAAGACGUUCUUUCUGCAGUGAAAUCUCUGUCAAAUCCUCCACCACUCCCGCAUCCCGACCACCUGCGACGUGCGCCCCUCUUCGCCCCUCCCCCCUAACAUUCCACCUCCCUCUCCAUCGAGAGCCCGAAAACUAGCCCGAUGCGAUGGUCACGUCGGGGGACCCCUGGCUGGCAUGGCUGACUUGGACCUCCGUGAGUCCGGACCCCGAGGAGGACGGACCCACGGGGAGCAGCGGAGUGUCCGCUUAGCCCCAGCCUGCACGGGGGGUUCAGGCCAAGACACAAAGCUGCUUUCCUCUGGGGACUUGUAGGAAACGUAAGGUGAUGGUUGCCAAAGGGGUUCUCGCUCAUUAAAACCACCAGUAAAAGUGUAUCCUGUUGUCUGUCUCACAAGGUGUUCCAUUUGAUUUCUUAUGGGAAGCCAAGGGGAAAAGCACGGUGCGAUCCAUUCAGGUGUUUAACUGUCGCGGCCCAUUUUCUGUUCGUUAGCACUUGUGUGACAAAGAGCUCAGAUCCGAUGGCACCCGGUUACCAGCGCGUCACUUCUUCUAAGAAUCCAGCCACGCCCUUAGGCAGGAAGACUGUACUCACGUGUCUACCAGCCGGCAGGCAGAGCGGGGUUGAAACAGUAGAUCAGCUCCCCGAGGGCCCAUAUGCCUGCGACAUCGUCAGCUACCUUGAUGUGUCACGGUGGUCUGCAGGUACCAAGAAAGGAAGAGAGAAGAAAGGUGUGGGAGCUGCACGUUUACAUGUGUUUUGAGCUAUGCUUAAUACACAACUGGAAAGCCAUCAAUCUUCAAAGGCCUCAGAAAUACUUUUAUAAUAC